GAGAAAGAGAGUUUAGGAAUGAGAGAGAGACUCUCUUUGUGUGUAUGUAAAUGUACACAAAUAUAUAUGUAUUGUUUGUGUAUUGUAUGAUGAUAUUUUACUUUUCUGUGUUUGGAUACAUAAUUUUACAAGGAGUAUUAAAGAUUAUAAAAUACUGGGGGGAGAGGGAGAGAGGGACCGUGAGGGAGGGAGGGAGGGGAGAGAGAGAGAGAGAGAGAGAGAGAGAGAGAGAGAUGGACUAUAGCUAUUUGGAUACACAAAUAGAUGGAUAGAUAGAUGGUUAGAUGAGUACAUACAUACAUACAGAGACAAAGAGACAGAAAGUUAGAUAAAGAGACAGAAAGAUAGAGAGAAAGAAGUAUUAGUAGAAAGAUAUAAAGAUAGAUGGAUGGAUAAAGAGAGAGAGAUAAAUAGACAGAAAGCAAUUGAUACAUAGACAAAUUGAUCGAUGGAUAGAUAGAUGUAUAGAUACAUAUAGAGAGAAAUAGCAACAAAUAGAUGGAUAAAUAGACAGAUGCAUUGACAGAUAGAUUGAUAGACAGAUAGUAGAUCAAUAGAUUUACAGAGACAGAGAAACAGACAGAUUGGUGAAUGGAUAGAAUGACAUAUACACCAAGGGAUGAAUUGGAUAGAUACAUGGAUGGAUGGAUGGAUGGAUUGACAGAUAUAUAGACAGAUAAAUUCAUGCAUACAUACAUAAAUAGAUACACAGAGAAACAAAAAGAUAGACAAAGAAAAAUAUAGAGAUAAAGAUAGAAAAAUUGGUAGAAAGAAAGAGAAAUAAAAAGGUAGCUGAGUGUAUUGAUAUAUAGAGGGAUAGACAAAAGGAAGACAGAUGGACAGGGAUAGGGAAACAAAUAAAUGGAUGGAUAGAUAGAUACACAGUCAGAAAGAGACAUGGAUGGAUUGACAGAUAGAUGGAUGGAAUGAUUCAUACAUAUGUGGAGAAACAGACAGCUAGACAAAGAGAAAGAAAGAUAUAUAGAUAGAUGGAUGAAAGGAAGAUUUAUAGAGACAGAAACAGACAGAUGAAUGAAUAGAAUGACAUAGACAAAGAUGGGUGGAUAGAUAGACUGAUACAUACAUUCAUUCAUGCAUACAUAUAUACAUACAUACAUACAUAGACGAACAGGGAGACAAAAACAAAGAGACAAUUAGAAAAAAGAUAGAGAUAGAGAAUGAUUUGUAGAAAGAAAGAGAUAAAAAGAUAGAUGAAUGGAUAGAGGGAUAGAUGAUAGGAAGACAGAUGGACAGGGAUAGAGAAACAGACAGAUAGAUGAAUGAUGGAUUUAUACAUACCUAUAUAGAGAAACAGAGCUAGAUAAAGAGAUGGUUAGAAAGAAAAAGAUUGGUAGAAAGAGUUAAAAGAAAGAGAUGUAUGUACAGAUAGUAGGUUACACAAAUAGAGGGACAGAUAGAUGGAUGGAUGGAUGGAUGCAUACAGACAGACAGAAACAAACAGAUAGAAAGACAAAGAGACAGAAAAAAAGAAACAGAGAGAGUAAAAAGUAUAUACAUAGAUGGAAAGAUGGCUAUAUAGAUGUAUAGAUAGAUACCUACAUACAUAUAUAGAGAAAUAAAUGGAGACAGAUAGAAAGAUGGAUAAAUAGAUGGAUGCGUAGGUAAAUAGACACACAAAUAUAUAGACAGAGAGACAGAUACAUAGAAAGAUUGAUGGAUAGAUUGAGAAUUAGAGACAGAGGUAGAGGGACAGACUGCUGGAUGGAUAGACAGACAGAUUUAUUGAUAGGAAGAUAGAUGAUAGGACAAUAGAUACACAAGGACAGAGAAACAGACAGAUCUAUAGAUUGAUGCAUAGAAUGAUAUAUAGACAGAGAGAUGGAUGGGUAGAUACAUGGAUAGAUGGAUGAAUAAAUAGAUUGAUACAUAUUUACAUACAUACAUAAAUAUAUAUAUAUAAACAGACAGAAAGAUAGACAAAGAGACAGACAGUUACAAAGAAAAAGAUUGGUAGAAAGAAAGAGAUAAUAGAUAAAUAGCUAGAUAGAUGAUAGGUAGAUUGAUGAACAGAGACAGAAACAAAGAGAUAGAUGUAUGGAUUGAUAGAUAUAUAGACAGAAUGACAGAGAGAUGAAUGGAUGGAUAAAUUGAGAGAUACAUACAUGCAUGGACAAACAGAGAGAAAGACAAAGAGACAGCAAGUUAGAAUAAAAGAGAGAAAGGGAGAAAGAUGGUUAGAAAGAAAGAUAAAAAAAUAGAAAGACAGUGAUAUGGACACACAGAUAUUAAUAAGCAGACAGACUGAAAGAGUCAGAAAGAAAGGGAUAAAGAUGGUAGAAAAAUAUUAAUAUAGAUACAUAGAUAAUAGGGAGAUAGAUUUACAGAAACAGGGGCAGACAAACAGAUGAAUGGAUUGGACACAUAGAGAGAUGGAUGGAUAUAUAAAUAGAUUCAUACAUACAUAGACAGAGUGAGAGAAAAACAAUUAGGAAAAAGAGAUAUAGGUAAAAAGAGAAAUCGUAGAGAGAAAGAGGGAUAAAAAGAUAGAUUAAUGGAUUUGAGGGAUAGAUGAUAGGAAGACACAUGGACAGGGAUAGAGAAACAGAAAGAUGGAUGGAUAGAUAGAUACAUAGAUAGAGAGAUGGGUAAAGCCAAGAUGGCAGCUUAGUAGCAGUGAAAGCCUGAAACUGCUCUGAAUAUCCUUCCAAACUGACCUUUAAAAGGCACCUCAAAAGGAAGGGAGUCAAAGCAGGACAAGUGAUGGGGCUCUCCCACUGAACACAAUGUGAAAGGUAGGCAGAGAGAGUGAGUUUCCACAAUAUAAGGGGGAACUGGAAGUAAAACUGCAAACAGAAAAGUUCAGGCUGACCAUCCCCCCACAUACCAGGCCAGACUCAGAACCAGGGCAUAGGCAACUCCUGGAUCCCAGGAUGUGGGCUACACCAACAAAAGAGCACCUCAGACUCACCCUUCAAAGUCCCAGGCCCUGGCGGUAAGGUCCAGAAGUCCAUAGUACUGGGCGCUCUCAAGCCUCUGCAUUGGCAGUGAAGACAACCCAAGGGUAAAACCCUGUGAACUAGGGCCAUAGGUAACUUUGGUAUUCUAUGUCACAAGCUACACCAACAAAAGAACACCUCAGACCUACUCCUUGAAGUCCCAGGCCCUGGCAGGGAGGUCCAGAGGUCCAUAGCACUGGACGGUCUCAAGCUUCCUUGGCAGCAGUGAAGACAGCCCCAGGGUAAAAACCUGUGAGCCAGAAGCUAAGACAGAAAUGACCAGCAACAUACAGAUUUCCCAGGUGGGAAAAUGAGCCAACAGCAGCAAAAAAAACUCAACCCUUGAAAAUUUCUGCAGGGAAAAAGAACAAAGAACAGAAGCAACAGGAGAUGGUGAGAUACAAGGAAACAUAUGCAAAAUUCCAGAAAAAAACUGGAAUUGGUCACAAGCUCUGGAAGAAUUCAAAAAGGAAUUCAAAAAUCAAAUAAGACAGAUUGAAAAAAUGGGGAAAAGAAUUGAAAGUAAUGCAAAAAGAAAAUAACAGCUUAAAAAACAAAAUUGGUCAAAUGGAAAAAGAGGCACAACAAGCCAAUGAAGAAAUAAGUUGUUUAAAAAUCAGAAUUGACCUACUGGAAAAAGAGGCAAAAAACCCCCAAACAAAUGAAGAAAAGAGUGCCAUGAAAAGUAGAAUGGACCAAAUGGAAAGGGAGGAUCAAAAGGUCAUGGAAGAAACUCAGUCUUUAAAAAUUAGGACUGGGCAAAUAGAAGCUAAUUAUUUCACAUAGACAGAGAGAUGGAUUGAUACACGGAUGGAUGGAUAGAUUGAUGCAUACAUAAAGAAAUGUACAAAAAGAUAGAAAGAAAAAUAGAAAGAUUGGUAGAAAGAGUUAAAAAUAUAGAGAAAUGUAUAGACAGAGAUAGAGAGACAGAGAUAGACACAGAAAGUGAGACAGGUAAACAGACAGAUAUAGAUUUAUGAUAGAGACAGAAAAACUGAUGGAUGGAUGAAGAGAUGGAGAAAUGUAUGAAAAGAAAGAAAGGAAGGAAGAAAGAAGAAACAGAAAGAAAGAAAGAUGUAUCAGUAGACGAGUAGAAGCAUUUUUCUAUUGUAUGCCAGCCCCUGUGCAUUUUUCUAGCUCCAUUCUCAUUUGAUCUUUACAACACCAGGAGAUAAGGUUGAGAAAGGUAGAUUCUAAAGGGUUUUGAAGACCAGCAAAUAGAUUUCUUUUUGAUCCUGAAGGUAAUAGGGAGCCACCAGAGUUUACUGAAAAGAAGAGUGUUAUCAUCACACCUGUGAUUUAAGAAGAUCACUUUGACAGUGGGGUGGUGGAUGGAUUGGAGUGGGGAGAGACUUGUGGUAGGAAGAUAUACCAGCUUCUAUUGCAAUAUUCCAGGGAUAAGAUGAUAAGGGCCUGUACCAGGGUGUGGGCAGUGUUCAAGAGGGGGGAAUAUAUGAAAGAUGUUAUAAAGGUAAACUAGAUGGGGCUUGGCAACAGACUGGAGAGCAACAUACCCAAUAAUUUUGAAAAACAGAGAGGAGUGAGAGCUCUUUUCUCUUCCAGGGCCAGGCCAGCAGGACCAUAGCUAAGAGGUGAACCCCCUGGACUGGUGGGAUUGGGGGUGGAGGGAGGAGAUUCUUUCUUUUUCUCUUUUCCAGAGUAAGCUCACUGAGACCACAAUGAGAAGAUAAAGAACUGCGAAAGAGAACACUUUUUCCCCCUGGACCUAGGUGACAGAACUAAAGAAACAGCAUCCCCUCUCUCUGCUUUUCCUUGCCUCUCUGCAAGGCCAGCAGAACUCCAGCAGAGACGGCCAAUUGGAGUGGGGACGAGGGGUUAGAUGGAAGACUCUUUCUUUUCCAGAGCCAGGCCAGCAGGACCGCUACAACAAGAUAACCAUCUGGGAGAGAGAAGAAUCUCACUUUUUCUCUCCCUCUGUCUCUCUCUAUCUCUUUCUGUCCACCUGUCUGUCAGUCUUUCUCUAUUUCUGUCUGUUUCUCUUUCUCCUUCUCUGUCUGUCUCUCUGUGCCUCCCACCCCACCCACUCCCACCUCUUCCUCUCUUCCUCUCUCUCUCCUUUCCUCCCCACCUCCCAAAUGCCCUCUUUUUCCCCUGACCUAGGCCUGCCCAGGUCAUGAGACAAAUUAGUGUCUUUCUUUUUCCUUAGGACUCAGAAGCACAAACAGAGAUGGUUAGAGAACAACUUUUUAUUUCCCUGAGUCCAGUCCACAAGACUGCUACCAGGGAAAUAACCAUUGGGAGGAAGAAGAGAGCACCUCUCUCUCUCUCUCUCUCUCUCUCUCUCUCUCUCUCUCUCUCUCCCUCUCCCUAUUUUCAGGCUUAGCUAGCAGAAGCCUAAGAGGAGAGUACCAGAAUCUAGCAAAGAGAUGACCAGAGUGUGGGCAACGAGACCACAGUGAGGAGAUAACUGACUGGAAGAGGAAGAAGACUCCUCCUCUCUGUCUCUCUCCCUGGACCCAGCCAACAGAACUGCAUUAAAGAAGAGAGAGCAAGAGAAUUGGGCGAUUCCCACCCCCCCCCGGCCCCCGGCCUGCCAAGCAGCACAGGGAUAGACAGAGCCCCUCUCUUUGUUCCCCUGAUCCCAGCCUGCAGGUCCAAAGACAAAACCAGGAGAAAACACCUUCUGUCUCCCAGGGCCCGGGAAGCAAGAUUCCUGUUGAGAGAAGACAACUAGGAGGGAGGAAGAGAGGACCAUAUCUCUAUUCUUUCUGUCUGUCUGUCUCUGUCUCUCUCUGCCUCCAGAAAACUGCAGCCAAGAGAUGGCCAGUGUGUGAGUAGGGGGAGAGGAAUGAGGGGAAAGACCCUUUCUUCCAGGGUCAGACCAGUAGGACUGAGCAAGGAGAUAACCAGUUGGAAGAAGACAACUCUCUCUCCCUCACUUCCCCCAUACCUGUCCCUCCCUCUCUCUUUCUCUGUCUCUCUGGACCCAGUCAACAGGCCUACAGAGAGAGAGAGAGAGAGAGAGAGAGAGAGGAGAAUUGGGAGAUGUCCCCCCUGGCCUGUUCUCUUUGUUCCCCUGAUCCCAGCCUGCAGGUCCAAGGACAAGAUCAGGAGAACACCACCUCUGUCCUGUCUCCCCGGGCCCAGGAAACAAGACUACUAUUGGGAGAAGGCAAUCAGGACAUGGGGAAUAUGGAAACAGGACAAGACCUUGGCAUUGGCUGGUAGGAGCAUGUCAAGAAGAUGGACAAGAUGAGCAUCCGGAGAGGGGAGGGGGCACUGAAGACAGAAGACACUCUUUCCACUGUGCCAGGUUGGCAGAUCCAUGGAGAGAGACUGUGAGAGAGCAUCAGGUUCUCUCUUCCUGGAUCUGUGCAGAAUGAGAAGAUGCCCAGUAAGAAAAGAUGUGUCCAACACUGCAAGAAGACAAACUAUAGAAAGGAACAAUGAGUGGAAAUUGUGAAGAGGUCCGUUUUGGCUAAAAAAUAGGAAAAACUGUACAGCAAGAACUAUUUCAAAGUGGAAUGGGCUUCCUCCUUAAGAGCUGUUGGCUUCUACCUUUGAUAACUUCAAGAGAAGACUAGACUAGACAACCACUUACCAGAUGACCAAUGAUAUGACAGGGUGGUGUCAGGACUUGCCUGUGAAUUGGAUUUCAGUGAGGCAGGUUUCCCCAAAGGCAUCUGAUAUAGCAUUUGGAGGAAGCUUUUCUAACCACAGGUCUGGGUUGAAUGAAGGAAGGUUUUCCUGGUCUUCACUGUGAAGCUAAUGGACAAAGGUGUUUUGCAAGCCUUGUAGAAACGUUGGCCGUAUAGAUGGAGAGCUACAAAAGCCAACCAGAGCAAUUGGACAAGAAAAAUCAGUGCCAGGAGUCAGAUGCCUUCAGAGGGAGAGGUACCCACCUCCGAAGCCCAUUGCCUCAGUAAACGCCAAAUUGGCACCAUCUAUCCUCUAUCCUCUUUUGCUUUGUUUGCUUCAACGUUCCCAGUGAGGUCAAACAGACCGAAAGAGAAAGACGCUGUUGGAGGAGGCCGGGCGGUGGCUUAAGCGUUUUCUUGGGUAUGAGAGUCCGAGGAUAGGAAUUCAAUCGGGAUGGGAUUGCUUUUUCCUGAAACCCCAAAAGUCCCCCUUUGUUGAGGAGAAUCCCAAAGGACUAGAGCCACUGUGCUUUAUCCCAGAGGGCAGACCAAGGAAGAAGAGGUAGAAGCAGUGAGAGGGUUAAUUCUGGCUCCUUGACUGCCCCAGGAGCUCCUUGCCCUCACUGGACGACUCCAAGCAGAAGUGGACACAUGGGAGCCCAGGAGGCCCCGAGCUGUUCACACAUUGAUUGGGAAAAUCUCUUCACGGAAUCCCCGAGCCCCAAGGGACCUCAGCUGGAGUGUUGGGGCCAGAGUAAUUCUGCCUCAGAAUGGCGGGGGUCUCGGGAGCGGAACCCAGGCCUCCUGGGAGGUGGGGGGGCCUUCCCAAGAGUCCUCUGGCCUACUGAGUACCACUUCUUCCCCCUGAGCUUGCCCCUCCACCCCCCAGUUUUUCAGACUGGCUGCCAUUUUACCAGGCCUCACAGAUCCAUCCAGAAUCCACCUCUUCAAUCUCAGUGCCCGACUUUCUAUUUCUCCCUGUGGGCCUCGCCCUCCUCUCCCUUCCUCCUCACUUUGACCAAGGCUGUUGGCCUCCUCAAGGGAGCUCCUCUCUGAGGAGGGAGUUCAGGGGACCCCUGACUAGAGGCCAUCUAGGUCUAGAUCCUCCAGAGAAGGAACAGCCCUCACCUGCCCACCCGCUCCUUGAGUUCCACUCCCUCCUCAGAACCCAGCUUUGGGGGAGCUGCUUAGAAGGGCCCCCAUGUUCCCUCCCCCCUAACCACAGCCCCAAGGUGUGAAGACAACAGCAGCUCAAAGCAGCCCCCAGCCUUCCUGCCUGGAGGAGGCCAGGGGUGUGGAAAGGAUACAGGUGCUCCUCUGCUCUUCACACCUCUGCCACAGGCCCGCCUGGAGCUGCUUCCUUCUGAGUAAUUUCCUUCCCUCCUGACCCCAGCCCAGCCUGCCUCUCUUCAGAGUCUGGGGGAGAGGGGAGGGGGAAGGGCAGGAAGGGGGGCCGGCUGCCUCCCUCCCCCCUUUCCUCUCCCAGGCUCAACUCUUAUCUCUGCCCAUCACCCCUGGAGGAAAUCACUGGCUGAGCAAAGCCCCUUCCUGAUUCUCUACCCGCUCGGUUGGGCAGGGCGACAGAGGCGAAUCCUUUGAUCUGGUCAGACCCUGGGUGCCAGUGGGGAGAAUGCCCAGACCCAGACACGGUCCCUGGACUGGGUUCCAGUUGUGCCUCUGCCACUGUUCCUGGGGGGCCUUUAGCCCACUGGGCUCCCCCUGUUUCAUCGCCUAGCUGUCCGCUGCCAGCUCCCAGAACCCUCUCCAUCUCGGAUUCCUUCAGUGCCAGGGGCAGCAGAGGUUGCUCUAGGCUAAGCCUGGCUCAUGCCCUCCCUGAAGCCAAGCACUAUGGACACGUCAUCUCCUUUGAGGCCCACCACAGCCUCACCAGGCACAUCCCAGAGGGGUCAUCACCUCUAUCUUACAGACGAGGAAACCGAGGCAACGGCUCGCCUGGAACCAGCCCCAAGUUGGGGUGCGACCCGGGGUAAUGCCAGAUCCGAGGCCAGCCCUUGAGUCACCAGACCACACUGCCCCAUCGUGCCCUUCUCGGUCCCUGCCCCAGUCCCUGCUUCCUCUUCCUCGCAAGUCAUGCUCCUCUGAUGAGAGGGUCUAGAAGGCGGCUUCUGCUCAAUAUCUUCUUUAGAAAGAGGGAGGGGAUCACCACCAUUGGGUUUUGGACUUCCCGAGUGGAGCCCGAUGCCCAGCACGCAGUGGAUGUCCCAGAAAUGUUGGUUCCUGCAUCAAUGCCCCCUCCUGCUAUUAGUCCCUGAAACGGAGGCUUCUCCUGGGGAUCACCUCCACCGGCCUUUGGGUUCUGGCCACCACGGAUCAUCUGGGCUGAAGCUUUCCUUCCAGAUGCACCAAGCCACGAAUUUCAGCCCUGGCCCAGAAGCAAUGCCCAUCACUCAUCAUGCCAAAGUAGCAGCAGCAGCAGCAGAGGUGCUGGCUGGUGGGAGGCAGAGAGCAGCACACAGCCUCCAACCCCUGGAGCCACUUUUGCCCAGGGCUGCUGAGCUCCAGGACAGCCAUCAUGUCUGCAGUAAGCUUGAUGGGGUCCCUUCCCAGCACCUUGUGCUGGAUGAUCUCGCCUUCCUGGAAAACAGCAUUUCCCAGGACUACCCAGAAAAUGAGUCGGCGCCCUGCUGCUCCUCUCCACCCUGUGGCCAAGACUUCAUCCUGGCUUUCGACCAGGCCUUCCUGCCUGCCCUCUACGGCCUUCUCUUCUUCUUCGGCCUGCUGGGAAAUGGAGCCGUGGCGGCCGUCCUUGUGAGGCAGCGCCCAGCCCUGAGCAGCACCGACACCUUCCUGCUCCAUCUGGCUCUGGCUGACACACUGCUGGUGCUGACCCUCCCACUCUGGGCUGUGGAGGCUGCCCGGGAGUGGGUCUUCGGUUCUGGCCUCUGCAAGGUGGCAGGGGCCCUCUUCAAGAUCAAUUUCUACACCGGGGCCUUCUUGUUGGCCUGCGUCAGCUUUGACCGCUACCUGAACAUCGUAUGUGCUGCCCGACUCUACCGGCGGGGCCCUGGGACACGUGUGACCCUCACGUGUGCUGGGGUCUGGGGACUCUGCCUGCCCUUGGCCUUGCCCAACUUGCUCUUCCUCUCAGCCCGGCAUGAGCCCCGCCUCAACGCCACGCGUUGCCUUUAUAGCUUCCCCCUGGCCGGCCACAGGGCCCUGAGCAUCCUCCAGCUCCUGGCCAGUUUCCUCUUGCCUCUGCUCAUCAUGGCCUACUGUUACACUCACAUCCUCCUGGUGUUGUUGGGCUCUCGGGGACAGCGAAGGCUCCGGGCCAUGUGGGUCGUAGUCACCGUGGUGGUGGCCUUUGUCCUCUGCUGGAUCCUCCUCAACCUGAGGGCUGUGAGCCGGGACUGCGACUGGGAGAGCCGACUGGAUGUGGCCAAGUGUGGCUUCGUGCACUGCUGCCUCAACCCCCUGCUCUACGCCUUCGUGGGGGCCAAGUUCCGAGACCGGAUGUGGACCCUGCUGGUGAGACUAGGCUGCCCGGGCCGGGAGGCGCUCCUCCGGCCCACCCCAGCAUCUUCUCGGAGAGGUUCCUCUUGGUCUGAGACCAUGGAGGCCUCCUAUUCGGGUCUGUAAAGAUGAAGAGCCCGGCUUCGCUUCUCACCGCCUUCCCCUAGUCUACCCCAUUUCUCCACAGAUGCCAGCCUGUCCCCUUCAAGGCCUCCGGCACGAGGUGCGGGGCAGCACUUCUUCCCGGGGGCCAUGGACAUGGAUGACAACCAGGACCUCUUGCUUUGCACUGGCCUCUAAAUGACAUUUAGCUGUUCCGAGGACUUUCCCCAAGCCACCAAAGGGCUCCGGGAGCCGAGGUGGAGAAGCCCCGGGUGAUGUGCGUGAGUGCCCGGAGUGGUGGAACAGCUUGUGCCAGUGGCCAUGGCUCGCUGGAGCUAGCCUAGCUUUAAGCUCUAUGGCCAGGACAGGAGAGUGAGCCCAGACUCCAGGAGGUGAAGGCCCAGAAAGGCCCUGAGCCCAAGAACCAGACCCUGCAGGCCCCGUGCCCAGAAACAGUAACAAAGGAAAACAAAUAAAAAUGACUUCCCCGA